UAGAAGCCAGCAGUUACGGCGUCGGCGGCUGGAAAUCCAGUUUACAAUCGAUUGUUCCGAAACGUCAGUCCAAACGCUGCAGCCGUCGAGUUAACAUCGUGUACGCAAGAAAAUAACCACGUUACAAUGCCUCGUCCAUUGAAAAUUACUUACGGUGACCAGAAGCCGCCCUACUCGUAUAUAUCUUUGACAGCCAUGGCCAUUAUACAUUCGCCGCAAAGAAUGCUGCCGCUGAGUGAAAUAUAUCGAUUUAUUAUAGAACAGUUUCCCUACUAUAGGAGAAACACACAGCGCUGGCAAAACUCGUUGCGGCACAAUUUGAGUUUCAACGAUUGCUUCAUUAAAGUUCCUCGCAAUGUAACCAAAUCGGGUAAAGGAUCCUUCUGGACACUUCAUCCCAAGGCUUUUGAUAUGUUCGAGAAUGGCAGUUUGUUGCGAAGACGUAAACGUUUUCGCGUAAAGCAGCUGGAAAAGGAUCUUCUCAAUUGCGAAAUGGCAACUUUGUCGUCGUAUCGGAAAAUGUUUAGCCAGCAAAUCUAUGAUCCGACACCUAAUUGGGAUUUUAGGAAAACAUUUAACGCCGACAAUGAGCAGAACGGCGAACUUAUCAAUUCGCCCGCUUAUCAAAAUCCACAAUUUCCAUUUCAACAACUACUAGUUCCCACACAUAAGUCGGGAGAACUAGACCAUAAUACACCGACGCGGCCGAAACGUGCGUUUACAAUUGAGAGUCUCAUAGCUCCGGAUACUAUGGAAAUAGCCGACAAGAAGUUCAAUCACAUUAAUUAUGGAAUUCAAGAAGGCGUCGCGAGAAAUAAUGCCGGCGAGGAAUUAUUGCCAUUUAGUUUUAAUCAAUUAGUUAGCCAGUAUCAAUUCUGUUCGCCGACGUUCACAAAUAUGUUGUACAAUGUUCAGCACAGCAUAUCCGCUCAUCAUCAACAAAUUCAGGAACAAUUAAUGGACUAUUAUAAUGGUCCUCUACAUGUAUUUUGAUAAACACUAUCACCAACAAACAUCUUACUACUAUUACUUAAUAUCAAAAAACAUUAUGAAUUUAU